UACUGAGAGACGCCUAGGGUUUGCGUUGUAUCUUGGGAGCUGUAGUCCUAGAAACCCUUGUUGUGUAAAAACACAGGUAUUAAGCGAGAGGGGGGACUGUCCCGGCGGCAGCGGUUUAGCUGGAGUGUUUCAUGAGCGCGUUCUCUCAGGCAGACAGAUUGAAGAAUGGAUAAAGAUGCACAGAAGAUGUUUAAAAUCUAAAAUGAUCUAGAAUAAUAAUAUAGGUUGUAUGAUAUCCUGCUAAGAACAUACCAUAUUUUCCAAAGAUGGUAGCUCCCUUACUCAGCUGCCCAACAAGAACAUUUACUGUUCCUUUAACUACUGUAUCCAUGAAGUUAAAACAUCUGGUGUGUCUUGGAGAAUUGAGUAUUUAGCACAGCUAACUCUUGAGUAUGGCUUUUGGAAAGAAAAUAUCCCUUUCUCGAGUUGAAAAUCCCUGCUUUUUGCUUUUUCUGAUAAUCUUUCAAGCAAUAUUCAUCUUGAUACUGUACCGAGGUAGCAGUUCAGCUGUGUAUCGGGCUCCUUUUAAUGUACCUCACACACUGGACUAUGCAAAAACAGAGGAUGUUUAUACAAAUCUCAGUUUGUUCACUCAUGCUCCUGAUAAGGCAAAAAUGCAAUACUGCACGGAUGCAUCAAUAAUGGUUGGACCCUUAGCCAUCACAUUUGACACGCUACCCAGUGAAGGAAUGAUCAUCAGCAAAAAUCCAUAUGUCCAGUCAGGUGGUCGCUACAGCCCUCCCCACUGUGUGGCUCGCUACAAAACUGCUGUCAUUGUCCCAUACAGGAAUCAUGAGAAAUACUUGCAACACUUUCUCUAUUAUCUUCAUCCCUUCCUUCAGCGUCAGCAGCUUAACUACUGUAUCUACUUGAUUCAUCAGGCUGGAAGUGGUCCAUUUAACAGAGCCAAACUCCUUAACACUGGAGUCCGUGAGGCCAUGAAAGAUGAUGACUGGGACUGCCUGCUUCUGCAUGAUGUGGACCUCAUUCCAGAAAAUGAUUAUAAUACAUAUGUCUGUGAUGAUUAUUCGCCCAGACACCUGUCUACCGCUAUUGACAAGUUAUAUUACAGUUUCCCAUAUUGGUCCUUUUUUGGUGGUGUAUUUGCUUUGACCCCAGAGCAGUACAUGAAGAUAAAUGGGUUCCCAAAUACCUACUGGGACAGUGAUGGUGAAGAUGAUAACAUUGCUGAAAGGAUUACUUUAGUAGGAAUGGGAAUAGACCGGGUUCCACUUUAUCUUGGACGUUACAAAAUGAUAGACUAUGGACAAGCACCUGGGCGUGCAGAGAACCUUAAAAGCCCUGCUAUAUCGAACACUAAGAAAACAUGGAAAGAUGAUGGAAUGAAUUCUCUGGAGUACAAACUUCUGGCAAAGACAAAGUAUCCUCUUUACUUUAACAUUACUGUGGAUAUUGGAGCUGCACCAGUGCUGCCACCUGAGGGUGAAAGCAAAAGGAACAAAGCUUGACUCUUUUACAGUACUGGAGUUAGCUGCCUACGAAAGGAUUGUGUGGUACAUAGACUCAAAGAUGCAUUUCCUUUGUUUGAGCUUCUAUUUACAAGCAGUAAAAAAAAUCAGGAAUGAAUGCACAGGAAUAUCGAGGUGUUUUUUUCCCCAAAGAAAACAUGUAGUUAUUGUGAAGCGUGCUGUCUACUGAACCCUACUCUUAUUUACCUGCACAGCUCUUCUUGAAGAGCAAAUGUUAGAUCAUAUAACCGGUUACACUGUGAUGUAGAUACUUGACAUUACUGUAUCCUCUUAGCAACCAUCUGAAUAUAAGGUAAAUUUGGAUGUUUGUCCUAUUUUAGACAUCUUUGUUUUAGAGCAUUGUUCUUCAUAAAUUCAGUUUUCCUGCACCAGUGUUUAAGACUACAGUUAAGUAUUACAUGUAUUUCAAAGUGUUACUUUUGUAAAAGUUUAUU